ACUGUCGAUGACUCAAGCUACGCCUGUAAAAGCUAUGAAAUAAUGAAAUAAAUAUAACAAAAUGAAAAUAUGUAAAACCGUCAACGUUAUUCCGUUUCGUAAUUGACGCUGUUUGUAAUUAUUCGCCGCUUCUAAAUAACAACAAACACACUAGUAAUUAACUAUCUUUUGAAGGUUCUUUUAGAAGGUUGUUUAUACCAAUUUAAUUGAAUUUAAAAACAAAACCUUAUUUUUUAAUGAAUAUGGAUACUCUAAAUACCCAAGAAGUUCGAAGAAAAAGACCCGGGACUUUCAUUUCGUCUGGAGUUGUUUCAAGACAAAUCAGUACAGAUGAAGUUGUAAAUGAACGGAAGCAAGUUUUAGAUUUUCCUCUUACAGAAUCAAAGAAGUUGCAUCUUAAUGAUCUUCCUAAUCCUGCUUCAUUUUCAAAGAGAGGAAAAACAAAAACUUUACCUGGUAAAAAGAAAAGUUCACAAAUGGAUACGUAUCUUCAGCUUUUAAAAAGGAAACAAAGAGAGUUUAAUUGGGUAUGUGACUCUGGACUGCAAGAAGAUGAUAAAAGUUUUUAUGAAGAUUUAAAUGAAAAUAGUUGUAAUGAUAUGAAUGAAGCAGCUGAACUUUAUUCUGUUAGUGGUGAGGCUGUUGUGCCUCAAUUAAUCAAACCAAAGCAGUAUGAAAAUAAGUACUUGAUAAAUUCUGCUGAAGUCAGAAGAACUUCUAAUAUAGAAACAGAGGCAGUUAAAACCGACAAAACAGUUUGUGAUUUGUCUAAAGUCUUAAAUCUAUCAAAUAAUAAAUGUAACCUUGUAAAGUAUGAAGAAAGAGAAGUACCUUUGAAAGUAUACUCUUCAACUUCAUUGAACUCUUCAACUGUCUCCAGAAUUCCAAAGACUACAGCAGUUUCUGAAGAAAAUAUUUCAUCUGAUGGUUAUAAACCUAAUUUUUCAUUUAAUAUUUAUUCUACAUUUGCAGUAAAUGAAGUUGUUCCAAGCGUUGACUAUUCAACUAAUUUGCAAACCACUGUUAAGAAUCAAAAUUAUCCAAUUUUUUUAAAUGCAGACAAGGAACAACAAAUAAAAAGAUCAUGUCAAAUCGAAGAACCAACAUUGCCAAAACAAACCACAUAUAUGAUCAAUAAACACUCUUUUCAUGGAAUGUAUGCUCACUUUUCACGCCAAAGGUUUGAAAGCCAAGUUGUAAAUUUUGAAAAAAUUUUAGGAAAUGAAAUUGAAAAUUUUGACCUAUUUUCUGCUGACAGAACAUUAAGCAAUAAAAAUCAAAAGUUAUCUUCAAAAAAUCACAUUUGCUUUCCAGAAAGGGUUAGCAACAGCUUUCCAGAAAGGGUUAGCAACAGCUUUUCCAAAAGAGUUAGCAACAGCUUUCCAGAAAGGGUUAGCAACAGCUUUCCACAAAAUGUUCAAUUUUCUGAUUCACCUGGUGCAGAAAAUAAGAAUAAUAAACAUACUUUUUAUUGAAAAAUCUUCAAGUAAAAAAAGUUAUUCAAAGUUUCUAUUUAACAUUAACAAAAUAAAACCAAAGAAAAAAAUUUAUUUUGUUACUAAUCAUUGUGUUUUAAUGGAAUGUGUUUACAAAAGUAUUUAUUUAUAAAUAAAUUUAUUGUAUUUUAUAUAUUUUACGUUUUACUUAAACUUGAA